CCUGGCAACCAGGCGAACAGACGAUCCGGCGUACCGCAACAGGACAACAGGGCCAACAGGCAUAACGGGGCAUUCUUUGGACUUCUUGGAUUCUUCCUACCCAGUCCAAUACGUACAUUUUCGUACAUAAUCUCCACUAUUUAGGACAAUAGCUGGCCAAUAGGAUCCACAGCGGACACGAUUGGUGGCUAACGGCUAGACUUCCAAUGAAGCCUUCUCUUCUUCUCAAGUCUUUCACUCAUCGACUCUGACUUUUCCCCUUCUAAUCUCACCAUUUCUCUCUCUUCUUCAUCCUCCCUGCUUGUCUGUACCUUCCAUCUCAUAGAUCGGGGUGGUGCACUACGGUGUAAUCCACCCUUCUACCACUUCUAAAAUCGCAUUCUCUCUUUCUUAAUCCAACUUUGCGCCACCUUCAUUCGCAUCCUUCGUCACUUCAACUGAAAACAAUCCCAUUUCCCGUCCAAACCUUUAACAUACUUACCACCUACCUCUUGAUCACUCCCGACCUCGCACACCUCACGCGCUCAACAUGUCUUCCGACUACUCUGACGACGAUAUGCCUCUGGCGAGAACUAACGGCCAACUUUCAUCUUCUACUAUCUCGAAAGCCGAAGACAAAGCUAUGGAUCGCCGUACCUCCACCAAAGCGAAGCCCGCCCCCGUGUCCAUUCGCAAUGGUCCAGUUAACAAUGAUGCAUCUCCACACACGAAUGGUAACGGAAAGCGCAAGUCGCGUGCCUCGAUAAACCAUGUGAGCUACAAGGACGAUUCAGAUUCUGAAGACGGUCGAUUGGCGAAGCGUCAAAAGAAAGUCAAGGUCGAUGAUUCCGAUGACGAAGUUCUUAGCAAGCGAAAAGUCAAACUUCCACCCGCUGCCGAUGAAACUGCCAUGGCUGAAGAUUCCGAUGAUGAUCAGCCGCUGAAUGCAAAACUUGCUUCCAAGAGAAAGGCCAUCGAGAAGAACGCGGAGAAGGAUGCCAAGGCUAUCCGUGCAAGCGAAUCUAAAUUGAAGAAGCCUACUCCUAAGAAGAUCGUUAAGGACGAGUCGGAUGACGAUGUGCCUUUAGCGGGUGCAAAGGGCAAGAAACGGCCAUCCAACGGCGUUAACGGAAAGAGCAAGCCGAACGGUAUGAAGAAAGAAGAAUCUGAUUCCGAUCAACCUAUUCGUAAGAAGGUCAAGACUGCUGUCGGUAAGACCAAAGCCAAGUCCGAAAAACCUACUCCCGUCAAGAAGACUCCUGCCAAGAAGGCUAAGAAGGAAGUGAGUGAAGAACCUGGAGACGGCGACGCUGAGGACGAGGAGGCAGAGUACCGCUGGUGGGAUGCUCCCAAAAAAGAAGAUGACAGCGUUAAGUGGACUACCCUUGAACACAACGGUGUCCUUUUCCCCCCAGAGUAUGAACCUCUACCGAAGAACAUCAAGCUCAUUUAUGAUGGCACUCCUGUCAAUCUUCAUGUCGAGGCCGAAGAGGUAGCCGGUUUCUUUGGUGCUAUGCUUAACUCGACCCACAACGUCGAGAAUCCCACGUUCCAGAAGAACUUCUUUAUUGACUUCACGGAGAUCCUUGAUCGAACGGGCGGCGCGACGGAUCGACAUGGAAAGAAGGUUAACAUCAAGGAGUUUACUAAACUAGACUUCAAGCCUAUCUUCGAAUACUACCAUGCUAAGAAUGAGGCCAAGAAAGCACGUCCAGCUGCCGAAAAGAAAGCCGAGAAGGCCGAAAGGGACAAGGCUGAGGCUCCCUACAUGUUCUGCAAAUGGGACGGUCGUAAAGAGAAAGUUGGCAACUUCAGAGUCGAACCUCCCGGCCUUUUCCGUGGUCGUGGUGAACACCCCAAGACCGGUAAGGUCAAGAAGCGUGUUUUGCCCGAGCAAAUUACUAUCAAUAUUGGGAAGGAUUCGAUGGUCCCCCCACCACCUGAAGGCCACAAGUGGAAGGCCGUUCAGCAUGAUAACAAGGCUACAUGGUUAGCAAUGUGGCAAGAGAACAUCAACGGCUCAUACAAGUAUGUCAUGCUAGGAGCUACUAGCGCUGUCAAAGGACAGAGCGACUUCAAGAAGUUCGAGAAAGCUCGAGAACUGAAAAAGCACAUUGCGAAGAUCCGCAAGGAUUACACCAAGGAUCUCAAAGCAGAAUCUAUGGCUGAUCGUCAACGAGCCACCGCUGUGUACUUGAUCGAUAAGUUUGCCUUGAGAGCUGGUAACGAGAAAGAUACUGAGAAUGAAGCCGAGACUGUUGGUUGUUGUUCACUCAAGUACGAACACGUAACACUUCGAGAACCCAACACAGUCAUCUUCGACUUCUUAGGUAAAGACAGUAUCAGGUUCUACGAUGAAGUUACUGUCGACCGACAAGUAUUCAAGAACUUGCGAGUUUUCAAGAAACCCCCAAAGAAGGAAGGUGACGAUAUCUUUGAUCGUCUCACUACCACUCAGUUAAACAAGCAUCUCUCGUCUUACAUGCAAGGAUUGACUGCAAAGGUUUUCCGUACAUACAACGCUUCUUACACCAUGUCAAAUCUACUCAGGGAUUUGAAGGUUUCCAGCGCUACUAUGGCUGAGAAAAUCAAGCUGUACAACGAUUGCAAUCGUGAGGUUGCUAUUCUUUGUAAUCACAAGCGGACUGUGGGCGCGGGUCACGAAGCGCAAAUGGAGAAGCUUGGUGAUCGAAUCAAGGGUCUUAAGUACCAAAAGUGGCGUAACAAGAUGAUGCUCUUGGACGUCGAUCCGAAGCAGAAGAAGAAGAAGGGCGCCGACUUUUUCCAGCAGGACGCAGAGCUCGACGAGGCUUGGAUACUGGAGCACCAGAGCUUCCUUGUCGAAGAGCAACGAACGAAGAUUCAGAAGAAGUUUGAGAAGGACAACCAAAAACGUCAAGAGGACGGAGAGAAGAUCAUGCCUGAUAAGGAACUUAAGGAGCGUCUCCAGGUUGCAGAUGACCUUGCGAAGAAAUUUAAGAAAGAGAACAAGUCUAAGAAGGUCGAAGCCGAAGGAAGAGGCCCCACAGUUGAUAAGAUUGAAGGAAACAUUCAGAAGAUCGAAGAACGCAUACGAACACUAGAACUCCAGGCCGCCGACCGUGAUGGUAACAAGGAGGUCGCUCUAGGCACCUCUAAGAUCAACUACAUUGAUCCUCGUCUCACCGUAGUCUUCGCAAAGAAGUUUGACGUUCCUAUUGAGAAGUUCUUCUCUAAGACCCUACGUGAGAAGUUUAAUUGGGCUAUUAAGUCCGUGGAGGAUGAUGACCAUUGGGAGUUUUAAGGGCGGUCUUGGAUCAUCCAUAUUCCUUGUAUUAACACAUACCCGCCUUGUUCAUCGUUAACGUCUAGAGUAUUUAAGACCAGACGGGAAAAGAAAAUGUUGGCAAGGUAUUUCGGGGGGAGGGGCUUAAGAUUUACAGAGGGGGCGAGAAAAAAACGGCAUGACCUGCCACGAUCAACAUUUAUGAUCGGAUUGGACCAGGUAUUCAGCAUGGCGCGGUGCGGUGCAUUCUAGGGGGUGUGAGCGGCCGGAUUGGCGACAGUUCGGAUUGAGAUUUUACUCGAGAUGUAACCAUCCAAGGCAGACAAAAAUACAAAGCGAUGCAUUGUUUA